AUGUACCGCUCCUCAGACAAGGGCGAGGGCGAGUUCGCGACGGCAGAUGACUUUGACGGAUUCUAUGCAGAGCACCACGGGCUGCUCGAUGGGAAUGUCUGGCGAAAGUACUACUCACUUGCUCUCCUCGCGCAGCUAAUAUCAGCUCGCUUCUACCGGCUUCCCGACUUGCAGGUUCUACCAGAUUCAAGUGACCCUCUUGCGCAGCCACGGCACAAGGGAAAUGGCCACCUGACCAAGCUUCCGCGGUGGGCACAUAACGUUGUGCGCACCCAUCGAUGUCAGCCAUCCCUUCCCGUCGAGACCAUCACUCAGAUAGCCCUAGCUACUCUCGAGCAGACCAUCGCACGCUUGCGAGAGGACUAUGUAAGCGUCCAGCCGUACUCGGAGACUCAAGCUCGCUUCUGGCUCAACUACAUGAACAUAGGAUGCCCCGGAAAGCAAUUGAAGGAGACAUGGAACCACAACGAAUUCGGUAUCUCCGUCACGCAGGGACGUUUUGACAUGUAG